GGCGUUUUAAUAUGAAAAUGUCAAACCUGAAUGAACAAUAUUGACUUACUGAGUGUGUAACGCGGCUAGUGCUAAAUGUGUUGUGUGAGAUAGUUUUGAAGUUACCGUGAAUAAACUAGACAUGCAAGCAACUAUUACAGGGCGUCUAAAGUAUGACUACCGAUUUAGUUACUCGAGGUAUAACGUGUGUGUUCACCCGUACGGUUACAUGUUUCCGGUUGAAAUGCUAGCAUAAUGCUUACACAGAAUGAUAACCCAUUCCACUGUUUACAUGUCGUAUAACACAUAUUUGCCUUAGAGUGAAAUGACGUACACACUGAUCUACCGGCGCAAGAACAGCUGUGGUUGGCUAAGCUUUAUAUGAAAUGUUGUCAUAAAAGGAUUGCAAAAAUUAAACUUGAAGCAGAUUCUACCUACCAUUCUGUCCAGCAACAUUAGCACGAUGGUGUGGGCUGUUGUGUCUCUCGUGUCUUUGCUGUCGCUUCAAGCCUGCUCUGGGGCGCCACACGCGCCACCAACAUAUGGUGUGGUACAUUAUGGGGAGGUCCAGCACAGGGAACCUAAAGAAGAGAUGCAUCUGCAGAAUAUACAGAAGACACAGUGGGCUCUCUUUGUCCCUUGUGGUGACGGAACUUUCAUCCACUAUGACUACUGGUGUGACGGGCUGUACUAUCACUGCGCCAACUUUGCCGACGAACUCAGCUGUAACACAAGUCAGAUGGUGGCGUGUGGGGACGGCAACUACGUACAGCCCAGCCAGUGGUGUGACGGACAGUACUACCACUGCCCCAACUUCGCUGACGAACUCAGCUGCAGCAACACUGGAACUGGUACUGGCACCGGUACCGGCACGGGUACAACAGGCUCGUCCGGCCAGUGCGGACAGCAGGCCAUCUCCCCGUCCUCCAGCGGUAAGAUUCUGGAAGGCGCGCAGGCUACCGCCAACUCCUGGCCCUGGCAGGUCAGUCUACGCCUGGUCCUGGCCAAUGGGAUCCACUUCUGCGGAGGGUCACUCAUCUCUGACCAAUGGGUCCUCACAGCGGCACACUGUAUACACGCGUACUCGUCUCCCUCCAACUGGAAGAUCAAGCUGGGUCUUCACCAGGUGGACGGCAGUGCUGAACAGGAGAGGAGCGUGGUCAGGGUGAUCAAGCACGAGCAGUACCGCCACACGCCGCACCCGUAUAACGACAUCGCCCUGCUGAAGUUAGACCGGCCCGUCACCAUGUCACAGAAGGUCACCUCCAUCUGCCUGCCGACUAGCAUGACUCCUGACAACACAUACUGCUACGUCACCGGCUGGGGCGCCGUGGGAUACGACUCUCAAGGUACGGAGGUGAUGGCGUCGUCAUUGAAGCAAGCCCGGGUACCGAUAAAGACCAACAGCUACUGCAGCGCGGCAUGGCAGGGCAACUAUGACUCCUCUAACAUGGUCUGUGCCGGCUAUGACUCUCUGUCACAGGGAGGAGACUCCUGUGUGGGGGAUUCCGGCGGUCCUCUGGCCUGUCCAUCCGCUGACCAGUCCAGAUGGGAGGUGACCGGUGUGGUGAGCUGGGGAGAGAACCCGUGUGGCACUAACUACACCCCGACCCUCUACACCAGGGUCUACAACUUCCUCGGCUGGAUCAACAACAAAAUGGCGAAUGACUGAGCAUAACUUUUGCUUGAUGGCUUAAAAUACAGUAUCAAGUUGGCCAGGCAUUUAUUUUAUUCCAAAAUUUCAUGACUAGACAUGGUGACGACACACUCAAUUUUUUUCCACUUAUGUUAUGCCGCUACCAACGCAGAGGAUCCACAAGUACAGCACUUGAGUUAAGUAAGGA